AUGAAUGUAACCGUUGUUAGUAAUCAAUAUGAAACAAAUGAUGGAAUGCGCCUUGACAUCGAGCGUUUAAACGUUUUGUCAAAAUAUGUAAAAACAAAGGAGAAUGGAAAGAAAAACGUGAAAUCAUCUUUGGAAGCGAAAAUUAAUUCAAAAAUUUUGGACAUAAAUGCUGCUAACGAAAAGCCAGCGGCUAUUUUAGAUAAUGAGAAAAAUGAUGAAAUUCCUUUUGAUUUGUUUUUCUGUGAUUUUAUUAAAGAAAUUGAAUAUGGUGCCGUUAUCCUCAACAAGAAAAAUGACAAAAAAAUAUUAAAAGAAAAUCAAAAAACCGUAAAACUGAAAACGAUAAUUUUAGAGAAUUUAAAAGAUUUAGAAAAAUUGAUUAGAGAAUCAUUUUUCCUUUCAGAAAAAAUUAGAAAUCGUUAUUAUCACAUAGUUCGUUUGAUUCGUUCUGGUAUGAAAGGGGAAGGAAAUGAAUCAAAAAGUUCAUUGACUAGAACAGGCAACGUUUAUAAAAUAUCCCUGGGAGAAAAUAUUUGUUUCGAUGUUGGAACGCAUAAAAUUUCUGUUAAAAUAUUUGAGACAGAGAAAGCAAUACAAAUCGAGUCAGAUACACCUAUGGCAAUUGUUGAAUUAAUUGAAGAAGUUAAGAAUGAAAGGGAAGAAUUGAGAGAGAUGAAUGAUGAGGAAUUUAAAAUAAAAUGGAAAAAAUAUACUAUCGAUGAUGAAAGUCACAAAAAUGAUAAAGAAUUGGAUGAAAAAUUAAAAAAGAUAAGAAAUGAACAGGAGAAAAUCUUGAAAGGAAAAUUAAAAGAAAUACGGGAGAAAUAUAUGAAAAUUGGGGAAGAAAUACAAAGCUAUAGAAAUGAAAGAUGGGAAAAAAUAAAUGAAAUUAAAAGAAAAAACAAUAAAGAAUUGAAAGAAAAAUUAGACAACAUAAGAAAUGAGCAAGAGAAAAUCUGGGAAGAAAAGGAGGCAAAGAUAAUUGAACAUAGUAAAUUUUCUGACAGAGGGCUUUUAAAAAUGAAAGAUGAACGUAAAAAGAUCUCUAUUUUAUCAUUUACUUGGUGA